CAGGAUCAUGUCUCCGCCUCCUCAUUACUUAAUCUUCUCUGGAUGCCUAUUUCUACUGCUCCUACAACAGCUCUUUCCCGUCUUCCAAGCUGAUGAUGUUGGCACAGCUGCCCGAUACGGCCCUCCGUACAUACCCACAGUUUGUUUUGGAAACGACGAGGGACAGUUCCCGACGAGCAACCUGUUCGCGUCGGCCGGCGAGGGGAUAUGGGAUAAUGGUGCUGCUUGCGGGAGACAAUACUUGGUGAGGUGCAUCAGUGCUGCAGUUCAAAGAACCUGCGUUCCAGGUGAGACCAUUCAGAUAAGGAUUGUGGAUCGUGCGCUCACUUCGGUUUCUAGGCCAAUAUCCAAGGAUGCCGCCACCAUUGUUCUUUCCACCACUGCAUUUGGUACAAUCGCCAACCUUUCGGCUACCUUCAUCAACAUCGAAUUCCAACAGGUUUGAAGGGCAGGGGACAUGAUACUCUAUGAAUUGAUUCAUCAAAUUACCGCAGAACCUGACUGUCCUGAGAUCUAUAGUUUUGAAGUCA